AUGUUGACUAUAAUCCUAACCGUGAUAUUAAGCGCUCUUAUUUAUUACAAACUAAUAAAACCGGCAAGUUUUUGGGAGGAAAGAAAUAUCACUCAUGUUUCAGCAUGGCCUCUAGUAGGAAGUAUGUGGGAUUCUGUAAUUCAGAAGAAAAAUUUAAAUGAAAUAUCUGCUGAUAUUUACAAAAAAUAUCAAAAUGACAGAUACGUGGGUUACAUGCAGUUUAGAAAUCCAGCUCUUUUAAUAAGAGACUUGGAUUUGAUUAAACAAAUCGGAGUGAAAGCUUUUGAUAAUUUUCGCGACCAUCUCGCUAUACCUGCUGUUAAAACUGAACCCUUGUUCAAUAAAAGUUUGGGUAUUUUACAAGGAGAAGAAUGGAAACAAAUGAGAGCAACUCUAAGUCCAGCUUUUACUAGCAGUAAAAUGAAAAAUAUGUACAAUUUGAUUUACGAAUGUGCUGAAAAUUUUGCUAGACAUUUUCAAGACAAAGAACAAGAUGUUGAAGUUAAGGAUAUUUUCUCGAAAUUUACCAACGACGUGAUUGCUACAGCAGCAUUUGGGAUUCAAAUUAAUUCUUUGAAAGAACCUAAUAACGAAUUUUAUUUAAUGGGCAAAUCAUUGACUUCGUUCAAAGGUUUUCAAUUAAUUAAAUUGCUUUUGGCACAAUCACUUCCUCAAAUUUUUGAGAUUUUUAAAUUACCUGUUUUUAAUCAAAAAGUUAUGAAUUUCUUCAGAAAUAUUAUCAUUGACAAUAUACACACACGAGAAAAUCAGGAGAUUAUUCGUCCAGAUUUGAUUUAUCUUCUAAUGGAAGCUCGUAAAGGCAAACUCAAACAUGAUAACAAUAACGAAGCUAAUGAUGGUUUUGCCACCGUUGAAGAAUCAGACAUUGGCAAAAACACCAAACAGAUGGAACUUACAGAAGACUUAAUGGUUGCUCAAGCUCUAAUUUUCUUUUUUGCCGGUUUUGAUACUGUUUCAACUGGUGCUAGUUUUCUAGCACAUGAACUAGCUACAAAUCUAGAUGUUCAAAGAAAACUCCAAGCGGAAAUCGAUUAUGUACUUGAUGAAAAUCAAGGAAAAAUUUCGUACAACGUGAUUCAAUCGAUGAAAUAUCUUGACCAAGUCGUGUGUGAAAGUUUAAGACUUUGGCCUCCAGCUCCACAAACUGAUCGUUUUUGUAAUCAAGACUUUGUAAUUGAGCCAACCAAGCCACCCGAAAGGAGAUUUACGAUUGAGAAAGGUGUGACAACAAUUAUACCUAUUUAUGGAAUACAUCGAGACCCUCAAUAUUUCCCAAAUCCAGAUAAAUUUGAUCCUGAACGAUUUAGUGACGAAAAUAAAGCCAAAAUUGUGCCAGGGACGUAUAUGCCGUUUGGCGUUGGCCCAAGAAAUUGCAUUGGUUCGAGGUUUGCUUUGUUGGAAAUAAAAACUUUAUUCUUCCAUUUGUUAUCAAAAUGUGAUAUAGUAACAAAUGACAAGACAGUGGUUCCGCUUAAAAUAAGUCCAAAUAAUGGAAAUAUUACUCCAAAAGAAGGGAUUCACCUUACAUUCCAAUCCAGACAGAUGAGGUGAUUAAAAAAGUAUUGAA